CAGAACUCGUCCGGUUCAGUUUGGGGGAAAAAAACAACACACGCACACAAAAAACGGGGCGAUUUCAUAGCAAGGGCGUCUUCAGUAAAUGUGAAAUGAUCCGACACGAUUUCGUGAGAAGAUUUCAAAUGUUUGGAUUUGCACCUGAUAGAUAUCUAUUUUCCAGGAAUAAAAAUGUUGUGCAUUCCCAGCUUCCAAGGUGGCGAUGUCCCCACUGGCUUGGCGGAGGAUCAAAAUCAACAAAUGUCCAACUGGUCUCUAGGAGUUCUUCGUUAUUGAGUCCAUCCGAACUUCCUUCCACCAACAGGCUGCUGCGUAUCUCACCUAUCACCUGGGCUGGCUCUUGUCUCUGUCAUUCAGACAAGAGAGACACCACAGGUUUCAGUUUGAGGGCCGUGACGGAGGCUCCCAAACCAGCCCUGUACCUCGGUUUCUCUGGGCUCAUCCCAUUUGUGACUGCCCCCCUCUUCAUGGCGACCACUCAGUCCUUCUACCCUGAAGUGGCAUAUGCUCAGAUGCUGUACGGCGCUGGUAUAGUCUCCUUCCUCGGCGGUGCCCGCUGGGGGUUUGCCAUUCCUGAUGGUAGUCCCGCUCAACCUGACUGGAUGAACUUGGGCAACAGCGUGGUUCCGUCACUUCUGGCCUGGCUGGCACUGCUCUGCAGGGACAAUGUUGUAGAGGGGGCCAUGGUAGUUAUAAUGGGCCUCGGACUGUCUUUACACUGCGACCUGAUCCUGCUACCUGGAUACCCUGCCUGGUUCAAAGCCAUGAGAACUGUUCUCACUGUGGUUGCUACCUUCUCACUGGUGGCAACGCUGAUCUUGAAGAAGGUCUGCACUGAGAAGAAGCUCAAAAGGUUCACCAAUUAAACAGAUUAAAGGUUCCAAUUGGACACACAUAAACAUAAACUUAAUAAAAUGUAAACACAA